AUGAUAUUCUUGCUGCCUCAUCUGGACAACAGAAUGUCAGAUGAAAACAGUGACAGGGAGACGGUUGGAGAGUCACUGCUGCAACAGUUUAGACAGAAGACUAUCAUUGGGAUACCUCGUCUUGGAGAUGAUGAUGGAGGCAAAAUUCAGGUUGAUGGUUUCUUCAUUGACAAGAACUCGGAGGAGAAGCUACCUUCACCUUCUCCUCAGCCGACAUCAUCUUGUCUGGCGCUGAGACAUGCAGUGUCGGCUCUGACUUGCAUUGAUGACUUCGUCUUGGAGGAGCUGGGCAGCGGAUUCUUUGCUAAUGUUUACAAGGCCACCCAUCGAGUGACAGGUGAAGAAAUGGUGAUGAAAAUAAACAAGGAUCAUGCGAACCGACUUGGAGCCCUGCGGGAGAUUCAACUCAUGAACCGGCUGUCUCACCCAAAUAUUCUCAAGUUUCUUGGGGUUUGUGUCCAUGAAGGGCAGCUGCAUGCCUUAACUGAGUUUAUCAGUGGUGGUACCCUGGAGGCUUUACUGGCCAACAGAGCUGAAGAGUUGCCAUGGAUACUUCGAAUCAAACUUUCCCUGGACAUUUCCGAGGGCUUGCAUUACCUUCAUUCUCAGGCUGUCUUUCACAGGGAUCUCACAUCCAGGAAUAUUCUCAUCAAGAAGGGAGAGAACAGAAAUUACCAAGCGGUCAUUGCUGAUUUUGGAUUAGCUACACAAAUACCUGAUCCUGGAUCCACAGAACCACUGCCCCCUGUUGGCUGCCCCUGGUGGAUGGCCCCAGAGGUGAUUCAUGGCCAGUUCUAUGACGAGCGGGCGGAUGUGUUUUCUCUGGGGAUCAUCCUCCUUGAGAUUACUGCCCGGAUUGAAGCGGAUCCUGAGACUAUGCCAAGGACUAAGAACUUUGGAGUCGACUACGUGAAAAUUUGUGACCUGGUAGACUACUGUCCUCUAGACUUCCUACAACUGGCCUUCAAGUGCUGUCAGAUUCUCCCAGAACGACGUCCGAGCUCUGCUGUCAUCAGACCAACAUUGGAGAAGAUCUACAAGAGUCUGAGCCUACAGAAUGACACUGUGUCCAGUUCUGAAAGACUGCGCAAGAGAUCCAAGUCUGAGGACAACAUCAUACAGAUGAGCGACAGUUUCACGGACAUCCAGGAUGAGAUUUACAUGACUCCACAAAUCGUCGCCCAGGCAAUGACCAAAGAUGACCCACACUACUGCCCCGCCACUGUCAACCCUUUCGCCGACAUUAGCAAGUUUAAAGACGGAAGAAAGCUGCACGGAAUCCCUCCACGGAAGAGCAGCGGCAACAGCUGCAGUCAGGGCAGUUGUGGGGAUCUACUGUCGCUGUCUCAGGUUUCUGACUGCUGGCGUCAGCAGCAGAGAAGCCAGUCGUUACCUUGCUCACCUGUCCUGCUGCGGAAGGCUGCUGAAAGGCUGCAUCUGGCCUCGAUCCUCGGCAGUGAAGUGGUACAAGCAGAGCAUCAGCAUGACUUGCACAUAAGCAUCAGCAGUGAUAAUCAGACAGACGCCGAAAGCCCUGCUGUAGUCGACAGAAGAACCCAGUUCCACAACAGUCGCACAAGGAGUCUGGGCAGUCUUGACUUCUGGAGCUCCAGAUAUACUCCUGGAGUUGGUGGGCGCAGCAGAGGAAGCAAGUGUCGGUUUUAUCCCAACCUCUCGGAGACAGGAUAUGGUGAUAAAUUUAGAGCUGAAGCAACAAACUCAUACUAUGAGGGUGAGAUUCUUUCUGAGUUCAGUAGCUGCAUGGAUGACCUGAUCCAUGAGGAUGUGUUUCAUUCUGCAUUUGAUUUCAGUGUCAAUCAUUGUCUGGCUGAUGAUUCUCAUGAAAUCCUACCCAGCGAAGUAGAAGUGCUAGGGUGUUCUGUGUCCAGAGGAAGAUGUGAAGACAGUCCAAGUGCUUCAAAUCUGCCUGUCUUGUUUAGCUGUGGGGGUAUUGUGGAAGAAGAAGAUACACUAGAGAUUAGUCCAGAGUCUACAGAGUCCCAGAAUCAUAAGCUACAGAACAACAAGCCAUUAAAUGAGGCAUCAGAUAAUGAGCUACAGACCAACAAGACAUCAAAUAAUGACCUACAGAACAAUGAACCACAACAUAAGGCAUCAAAUAAUGAGCUAAAGAACAAUGAAUCGCAGUACAAAGCAUAA